UUGUAAAUACAUCGAAUCAUACAUUUGACAGUAGAGUAACAGUAUGAUGGCGGCUUCAUAACUGUGUCAUAGAUGUACGAGUGUCAAUAAAAAAUACAGUAUAUAAAUACAUUUAUAUAUUUGUAUCUAUAGUAAACACUGACAGCAAUAUCUAAUAAGCAAACUAUUAAUCGGAGUGGUUGAUAUAUAAGCUGUUAAACUGACCGUUUGAAUUCUAUUGUUGUAACAAAAUGGGUGAUGGUCGUGAGGGCGAGCGACAACCGCUCUUAAAAAAUGAAAACGUCAAUUAUAGUUCACGUACCAGUGAUGCCAUUGAUGGUACAGAAUCAAAUGUCAACACAGUUUCACCAAUUGGUCCUGACGAGGUGCCACCACCCUAUCAAUCUGCGAACCAAAGCGGCAUGCCGAUGGUCACCUGCAGAGUGUGCCAGGCAAUGAUUGAUAUUUCCGGAAAAAAAGAUCAGCAUGUUGUCAAGUGUAACCAGUGUAAUGAAGCUACGCCAAUAAGAAACGCUCCACCGGGUAAAAAAUACGUUCGAUGUCCUUGCAAUUGUUUGUUAAUAUGCAAGAGUUCAUCACAACGUAUUGCUUGUCCCAGACCAAAUUGCAAACGCAUCAUAAACCUUGCGCCUAGUCCGGUUACUCCACCGAUGCGAUCGAUGCCUGGGAUGUGUUUAGUAUGCUGUGCACAUUGUCAUGAUACAUUUUUGUUUAAUACUCUCAAUAAUGCAUUGGCGCGAUGUCCACAUUGUCGCAAAGUGUCUUCCGUUGGACCAGAUUUCGCUAGAGGACGUGGAAUAAUGUUUAUAACAAUUGGAAUUAUAGCCCUUAUUAUUGGUAUCUCUGUAACAGCCGGAACGUACAGUCUUGUCCGUGAUAACGGUGGAAUUUACGUUGUAUACAUUGGUGCAUUUUUGAUUGCGCUAAUCUGUCUAGCACGAAGUGUCUACUACUGUACACUAAAGAACAGUCUGAUUGAGGGUCCAUUGUAGGAGUAGUCGACGAUUUAAUAAAAAAAUGAUAAGUUAUAGAUAUAUUAUAUAUAGGAUAACAACAAAGAAAAAAACCGUAAUACUUUUACUGCUAAAUGUUGCAUAAUCGAUUUAAAUUAAUUACCAUAAUUAAUCAUAAUAAUAACAAUUAUUUCAAAUAACAAAAAAUAUUAAAUGACAAUGACAGAUUUAUUUUGACGAUUAUUUAAAAUAGAGUUUCGUACAAUGUAAAUUUAUAUCACUUGUUUCUCAACAACCCUUUGGAUAUCAGGUAAAAAAAUUUUAAUUUUUAUAUACGCGACUGGUCCAGUGAUGGUGCAAAUAUGUAAUGAGUCGAGAGCAGGGUCAAUUAAUUUACCUCCAACAGUUACAAUAAAAUUUUAUGUUCACUUUAAAUUUUUUAAAAAUAAUAUUCGGUUACUUUUUUUUUCUAACAGAACAAUUAUGAUUAUAAUUAUAAUUACGAUUAUUUCGAUUUAUACAUUAACUAUAUCACGCGUAUGCAUGCCAAUUUAUACGUAACAAUCACGCGCGUGAUAUUAUCCGUCAUUCCUUUAUACGCGUGGGUUCAUUUGUGUUUUUUUUUAAUUUUGUAAAGCCUGUGCCGUAUUAUUGCAUUGAUAUAAAUGAAUUAAUUAAUUAAAUAAAAUUAAAUGUAUAAAAUAUA